UUAUAAAUGUUGGCAACGUUCGCAUCAUUAAUCGACUUUUGACAGUCUUGAGAUCACCAUUAGAUGUAACCAGAAGGGGAUUCAAUUCUAUUAUAUUCCGCUUGGGAGUAUAAUCUCACCGUCAUUGCUAAGGUUGUGGAUUCCUAUAUAUAAAUAGCCAGACAGACCCACGUGCGGGUCGUUUACAGAGAUUAACACGGAUGACGGUCGGUUGUCGGGAAGGGGCAGAGAUCUGGAAAGUGGGUGAACUCGUCCUACAGCCUGUCUCAUAGAGCAGAGGAUACAAUAAGCCGCAACACCUCUUCCAAGGUAUCUCCAGUCUUUGAACGUAGCCCCAUUCUAAAUGACUUCUGUCCACCAAUAAAGUAGGUUAUUGAAGGGUUUUAUUAUCCGUGACGCUGCAGGGGUCAGUUCCUACCGGUCAGGCGGCUGGUAUCAACUACAAGGCUGAUUGUCUCUUUGUGCACAUCGUCUUCCUCGUCAUAAUUAUCGGAUAUUGUCUGAAUCUAUUCACGAGGACUUUUGACAGCCUUCGCAUUACCCCCUAAGGCAUCAUGAGGACAUUUGUAGUAUCCAUCUUUUUAUUAUGUGUUGCUGGCCGUGCCUAUGGGCAAGCCAUGCCUGGACAGAGUAUGUACCCUAUGCAGGGGUGUGCUCCAGGAUGGACUAAUUUCGGCAAAUUCUGUUACAAAUAUUUUUGGGAACGUCUACCGUUUAUGCAGGCCCAGAUUAAAUGUCUUAGUUUCCGUGCCAGUCCGUUAGCCCCUCGAGGACACCUCGUCACAGCCAAGGACCAGCAGCACAAUAGGUUUCAACACAAUUUCCUCAGGUUUACAGGCGGGGGAAACAACAAAGUAUGGAUGGGACUGGCAGAAAGGCGUUAUAAUGAAUUCUGGUGGGCAGAUGGCACGCCUUUCCAUCCACACGACUGGAACCUGUUUAAACCGGAUCAACCUCAACAGAACCACCACAUCGAUGGAGUACAUACCUUUGAUAAUUAUCCAUACCAAACAUGGGUAACCUCUAGCCACGAGACACAAAUGUCUUUUAUUUGUCAAUAUAAAUAUCUUCCGUGAUGGAGUGCUCAUCAGAAUAAUAAAAAAAUCACACUGAUCAAUAUAGGCAUUUAUUAAUUACACAUGCGCCUUUGGGUGGAAAUAUGGAACUUUCGAGCACCACUGAAGGGAAAGUAGUUCCAGAUACAAAUAAAUCCAUCUGCGCUUACUCUCUCCUUAUUUCUUUAGGACAUCUUCCAUCUUCUUUGCCUUCCAUCGUGUAUUCGGAAGUUACAUAUUCGGAAUGUGUGUUUAAACUUAAUCCUGGCAAUAAAGGAAAACAACAGCAAUGACAUCGGGGGAAAAUAAGUAUGAAAUGAAUCAAAAUUUUGGUACAAUAAUCUCUGUCAUAAAUACUGGAUAAGGAUGAUGAAACAUAUCACUCCAUAGAAUUGUGGACUAAAAUAUUUGUUUGAUCAUGACUCGGGAUGCGAUCAAUUCAACUUUCCUCAUAUCGUUGCCUCAGUUAUGACAAACGAGGCACGGACAUCCAUACACCCAAUGUUCUUGAGGACAAUUCAGCCUAGAUUUCUUUUUCAGGUAAAAAUAUCAAGGAUAGUGGACGGAUAAUCGCGAUUUGACGUUGACGUGUAUGUCGACGUAAAAUGGAGUGUUAAUGUAACUAAUGAAUAAAUGAUUACAAAUAGAUAAAUCAUCUAACAAUACUACUGAUGAUACAAAUCUCAUUAUUUAGCAUAUACCAAUGCCGAAUGCGUCCCUAGGAGCUCUGUAAAAAGGACAGAAAAAUCAAGAAAAAGAAAUAAUUGUGCAGGGAAGUUAUUAACAUUUUUAAAAAGAAUCGGACAUAGUAACCAAUGUGUGUUUGCAUAUGUGCCAGACCGAAAAUCAUUGGAAAUAUGAACAAAAAUUCUAGUAGACACUAUCCAAUGAUCAAGGACAGUUGUCUACAAAAUAAAGAAAAUAAAUUUCAUGAUCUUUCACGAAACGCUCUCCUGCUCUAAGACUAUCUUGACUAUCUUGAUGGGCUUAAUUGAUUUGAUAGUUUUAUAGUUGACAGCAUGGCAUUGGGAACGUAACUGCACAAAGUAAAAGUGCAUGGUACACUUAUAUAAAAGUUUUUAAACAUAGCACGAUAUAUAACUGGGCGUUGUGGCGUGCGCCUGUAAUCCAAGCUAUGUGGGGAAGUUACAAAUUGAUGCAGAGGUUCGAGGUUCGAGCCCUGGUCACGUCUUUCGGAUGGUGACGUUAAAGGUCGGUCCCAGACGUAAAUAAUCAUAUCUGAUUGAUACACGUCUGACAAAAUUCAAAUACACACACACGAUAUAUUAUACUAGUAGAUAAGAUUUCAACUCUUCCCAUUUUAAAUACAGUAAUUCAAUCCUUUAGGGGUGACAACAUAAAUUUAUAUAUAUUGAUUAGUAUAUUAUUAAUUGAUUAAUUUUGUCACCACGAAAGGAUUAAAUUAUUGCAUUCAAAAUUGCAAGAGUUGAAACCUCUAUUGUUUUAAAUGGUCAAAGUAAGCUGUAAAGUAGAUUGAUUCUUUUAAUAAAUGAUUUCUAGUGUUCACUAUGAAACUGUAUGUAUCAUGUGUAAUGUAUCGUGAGAAUGAUAUAUGGUACAUGUAGGAGAAAGGUGGUUGUUUUACGGACAUACUUUGUUGUUGCUGAUUUAUACCUAUUUCGGAUAUGCGUCACUCUUCGAUGCAAAAAAAAGGGAUGGUGAUAAUUAUUAUCGAUUAUCUGGUAGAAAGAAAUUAUGAUAUUUCGUUAAAAUAAAAAUACAUUUCAUAGAGAUUAUUGGAAUGGACGAUAUUAUUAUUGUUUGAAAUGAAAUGUAAAUAGCAUAUAAUUUAUUUGCAUAUGAUGUCGCAUGAAUCUCUCUGUAUUUCUAAAAAAAUGAUGCUUUCUGAAUAAAGUUCUAGGUAUUUUAUAUUCUUAUUUUUUUUGCUUAAAGAUACGGAAGAGGAGCGAUGAUUACUGCAAUGCAUUCCGCGUUUCAUUUUCUGUUUUUCAAAAUUUCAAGCUCUUUUAGAAUAUCAUUGAAACAAAGAAAUAAAGAAUUGGGUAAAACAAAGAAAUACCGAAAUGUAACAAAUGUGAUUGUAAAAAGAAAACUAUACAAGUACAGAUUUAGGUGAUAAAACUUUUGGAAUGAUUUUAAAACAUUAACAAUAUAAUACGAAAUGCUUUUAGUAAACCAUAUGUGGGAAAUGCUCAAAAACCAUUCUUUAAUGUCUUCGUUUGUAAAAUAAAUGUGAUCUAAUUUGGAAAACAAGAAAAAUAAAAUAUAAAACUUUUUUAAUUGUAAAUCAUUUACAUUCAUUAAUACUAAUAUUUGUGAAGUUUAUUCUACAAUAAAAAGAAAAACUGGUUGAUUGUCAUGUUUUGAAA